AUGUCUGACGUGGAUGAAGACACAGUCAUAUCGGAGGUGGACGGUGAGGAAGACGGAGUGGAAGAGGACGAGAAGGUGCAGGUUGGCAAUUUGACCCGGGAAACCAUAGGUGAGGGGCUGUCUUUGCUGUGCCGAACAGGAAAUGGACUUGGACAUGCAUUUAUCAAACUGGACUUAAAAGACAAACGACUGAAUGACAUUUCUGCAAUUAGCAGCUACGUUCACGUUCGUUUUCUGGAUUUGUCCAGUAACCACCUCACCGUUCUAACCCCUCUGGCAUCUCUGAUGGAUCUGCUUUGGCUGAAGGUUGACAAUAAUGCUUUGGCAUGCUUGGAAGGAAAUCCUUUCAUUCAGUUAAAGUACCUGCAGUGGCUGAGUGUGGCUGCCAACCAGCUCACAGACCUAAGCGGCCUAGUUGGACCUGCUUUAGAGACCCUCAAUCUUACAGGUAACGCUAUUAAGACAGUGAAGAGCCUUCAGAUGGGCUGUUUUGGCAACCUGGUAACUCUAGAGCUGAGAGGAAAUCUCCUUGAAACCACUGAUGGCAUUAACCUUCCAAACCUGCAACGAUUAUAUCUGGCCCAAAAUGCAAUCAAACGUCUGGAGGGAUUGGAGAAGUUAGAGCACCUCACCACCCUUCAUCUGAGAGACAACCAACUGGAAUCUCUGCAUGGUCUCAGCCGCAACAUGAAGUGUCUUCAAUACCUGAAUGUCAGAGGCAAUGCAAUCUCAGAUGAGAAUACCCUACACUGUCUUAGGCUUUUGUCAAAAACACUGCGUACUCUGGUGCUUUCUGAGAACCCGCUGGGGGAAACCACAGACUACCGAACAAGUGUGCUGAUCCUUGUGCCUCAGCUGGAGAAAAUUGACAAAGAACCUGUCUCCCCUGAGGAGAGGAUUGAGGCCCAGGAGAGCAUCAAGGAUCUUCAAGAGCAACACUAA